UUAGUACAUAUAUUCUCUUGUCACGUGUUUGAAAAAAAUUAAAAUGAUUAAUAGAAGAGGAGUAUUAUAGAUAAUAAACACUCAGGCAUAGAACAAAAAAAAAUGUUUAAAAUGUUUUCCCGUUGCGGGAAUCGAACCCGCGACCUUCAGCGCGUCAGUCAGAUGCGCUAACCGCUGCACCACCGAGUCAGUAACGUUUCAUAACUGAUUAGAAAUAAUUCGAUAGAUCGCAGUGUAAAUGGCGCGUUGCGAUAUGCCAAUAUCGAAAAAAUAUGCGACAAUAAAUUUUAAUGCCCUUGUGAUUCUUAAAAGGAUAUAUUUUUUGAUGAUAUUUCCUCAAAUUUAUACUCCCGAUGUUUGAUUUAAAAUCUUUUUAACUUAAGCUAUGAGAGCUUUCGUGUGAUAGCCUAAGCUUAGGGUAAUUUUACGGUAUGACACUAAUGGAUAGUACAAUAUUUUAUUAUAGGAAACUUGUUUUGGGCCAAUUUUGCAAGCUAUAUCUUAAUCUCUAUAAUAAUUGAAGCGAUUGUUUUCACUUGGAAAUGUUCUAUCAGCCCGUAUUAUUUGUUUAUUAGUUCAAAUCGUGACAUAUACGAUGUUAAGUAACAACAUUAACACGUCAAAUUUAUGUACUAACAAAAGUAACUAAUUUCAAAAUCGAUUUCCCCUUAAAACGCUAACCAGGACUCGCCAAUGCAUUCCCGGAGGAAACUUUCGAUAGUUUAAACUCGAAUUACUUUGACAGCCUUAAUCCUUGUCAGAAUCCUAUUCAGGAUUACAGAAAUAAGAAUCUUUACGCCAUACCGGCGAAUCUGAACCACAGACUCCCGGAGUAUAACGAAACUCCCCCAUAUGUACCACCACAUUCGAACAUCCACCCGAUAUCGAGCGAUAAAAGACAUUUGAACUUCAUUCCCUAUUCGAAACCGGUUUUCAAAGAGCAAACCCAACAGAAGCCUUCAGCGUUCACGGUGGACACGAAACCGGUUCAAUCGAGGGUUUUCAACCGACUCUUCCCGGAUAAAGAACCGCCUAAGGUUCCGCCUAGGAAUUUCCACCUGAACCUAACGAAACCGGAGGAGAAACCUCCGCAGAAGUCACUAAAGCCAAACGCCAGGAGCAUCUUCAAGAACUACAAGUCUUGUCCGGUCUCGCCAGUCUCUGAGGAGUGCAAAUGGGCUGAUAAAGUCGCCCAAAACGCCAAAUGCGAAGGAAAAACUCACGAGACUAACUCUUUAGAUCCGAAAAAGAGGAAUUCUUUAAGCUUCUUCAUCGGCAUGGAAGUUAACAGCGGGAAAAGUGUCGUUGAUACAAUUAAAACCAACACAGAGAAAAUGAUAGCAGAAAUUACGGAAAAAUACGGAGAUCUAGAUGAGUUCACUCCCGGCGAUAGGAGUGAUCUGGAUUUGAAACCGACUAGAGGAGAAAGAGACGACGGAAACUUCUCCUCGGACUCGCUGGAAGACUGCAGCUUGAGCCAAGACGCGAGCUGCAAGAACAAAUUGUUUUCGAAGAAAGUCUGUAAAAAACACAAUAAGAAUCAACCCAGACGGGCCGUGUCCGAUUAUGAGAUAUACGGGGCAUACGAGAAACCAGCCGUGCCCGCGAAACCCGCGAAUAUCGGGCAAAAAAGCUCGACUUUGCCAAGAAAUAUGCCGUCAAACCUCGACGAAGCCGAGGAGAACAAUGCUGAAUACAUUUAUAGAUGCCAGAGCGUCUUAACGAAACGCUGCGUGACUAGAUCCAAUGAGUCGGUUUUGAGCGAUAACUCCAAUUGCUCGAGUGUCUCAAAUGAGGUCUUUCUCAAAUACGGAAACGAGGUUGCGUUCCAGCAAGCCAAAUAUGACAGCAGAUACAAUCUGGACGGCUCACAGAAUUGUUCCUACGAAAAUGUCAACGAUGAGUAUUUGGAUCGACACAGACACAGCAGCGCCAGUUUCUUCUUAAACCAGAAGAAGUACAUGAAAUCCAGCUGCAGUCAGGAGUCUAUAUUGUCGGACGAAAUGUAUUUGGACAAUGACAAUCAACUGUCAAGGACGAAUUGUAAUUCGCUUGAAAGUGUCCUGUCUGACGACUCUGAUUGUACCAAGAGCGCUCCACUGGAGAUGCUGUUCGAAGGUGCCAGACCUAAGAGGCCAAUGAAGGGCCAAGCCAUACCCCGCAACAGUAAAAGCUGUUACGAAUUCGACCACGCUUCGAAGAGCUACGGUUGCAGCCCGAAUAAUGCGCCCCAAUUCGGCAGCUACAUGAUCAAUAACUACAUGGAAGUCAGUCCCAAUUACCAAACCCCGAAGAGUCCAAUAGGAAACAUUAGCGUGCCGACCAAUAAAGUUUAUGGAUUCAAUGUGGACGCCGAGAUAUCAGGGCACAAGACGAUAACUAGGUCUAAGAGUCUGUACGAUUCGGGCAGUAAACAACCGCCGGUAGCUAAAAACAUCGCUUACUAUUUCGAUGGUAGUAAUGUCCAGCAGUACACGAAAGAAAAGAAGCCGCCCGAUGAGAUACCGAGGUUGAACAAGUCUGAAUAUAUGUCAAAUAAAACGAAAUCCCUGCAGCCGAAUUUCGCUGAAAAACAAAAAUACAAAAGCGAUUUAUCCGCUUGCGAACAGAAUACUAUGAUCAAAUCGAAGAGUUGCAGCUUCGAAGUGGUUUUAGAGCCGGCUUCCAAACCUAAUCCCCUGAAGAGCUUAAUGGAGAAACGCAAUUCGCACGUUCAGAAGAAUCUGGAGAAAUUCGAGGAGCAGAUUCGCAAAAAUACACAGAGCAAAACGACGAAGAACCAAAUGAACAAAGACAAAGCGAACGGCUCAAAAAAUAACAACGCCACCAAAAGCUUGGAGCGGGGUUCUGGACAGAAAAACAACAGUAAAAUCACUAUGGAAUUCGUGCCCCACAAGCCGCCGAAACCGAUCAAAAGAACCUCGUCAGUUAAAAUGAAUAACAGAUUGAAGGCAGGGCUGGAUAAACAGGGACUAGUCUCUUCCAUAUCGUCGCAGUACAAAGCAAAGUUAGAUGGCCUUCAUAACAAGAACUACAUGGCCCACAAAAGGCAGGAAGACAAGAACUCCAACAACAACAUAGACUCGAGUGAGAACCCCGAGAAAACCAUAGAGGUUUUUGUUAAAGAGAAAGACGUCAAUGAGAAUAAAUCAGAGAUUCAGAUGGACAGUCUAGAAGUUUACAGCCUGCAAAGAAUGAAAGAAGUUAGCAUGGAUUCGCUAGACGUUUUAGAAGAAUUCACAAAAGAUUCAUUAGACUAUUACGCGGAGCAAGACAGUAAAUUUUCCUUCGGAAAAUCUAUAAAAGACCAGAUAAAUUUGAAAAUAGCUAGGAGUGAUCGUGAAGCGCCAUGUCACAGUCGACAGGCGGACGCCAAAGAAAACAUAGCGCCGCCAGACGACGAAAUAAAAAAAUACAAGUACAUCGAAAGAAAACUCGAGAUAAUCAACAAACUAGUUGAAAUGGAAGAGCGGAAGAUACUGCAGGAGAAAAUAUUGAAAGAAUGGCGCAUGAGACCACUGAAAGCUAACAUAAACGACGGUACAGGUGUCGUUAAAGUGUUAUCCAGAAAAUUCGAGAAGUUAGCUACAAAACAAUCAGCUAAUUUCGCUUCGUUAACAUUAGAAGAAGCGGACACGGAUACAGAGAACAGCGAGAACAAGGAAAUUAAACGUAAUCUGAGCUUGCCCGAUAUUUUGGAUACGGACCACAUAAGCUUGGUUACCGCGGAAGGCGUAGACUCCGGUAAAGACAACGAUUCGAUGAACUUCCCUUACGAACAACCAUUAAACAACACAGUACGAACAGAUGCUCCGAAAUCCUUGAAGCAACGGGUUUACAACGAAACGAUAAUACCGAAAACUGACGUUCAUAUAGACAGCGAAAACUAUGAAUCAUCCACGACAAGCUCGAGCUGCACCAACUCCCCAAAAAGACUGUCUUUCUAUGGUUUCAAUAGACCCAAAAUACCGCUACGGAGAAUCUUGCGAGCGCCAACUCCUCGACUCUGUCUAGAAACCAGGGCCUUACCGAUGAGGCCCUUUUUGAAUUCGGGGUGUGGCGUAAGGAAUUCGGUUCUCUUUAAAAAAGUUUCCACACCGGUUAUGCCUGCGAAAUUCACACCUAUGCCAGGUCGGAGUGCAUGUUCAUAACUACUAUUAAUGUUGUGAAUCAUUUUAUUUGCGAUUCUUGGUUUUCUUGAAACUGUGAUGAAUCGUUAAGACUGCUAAAUAUACUUUAGAUUUUAUUUCAUAGCCUUUGUCAAUGUCUCCGUUCGAAAAUUAGAUAUUAACUUUCUGUUGUAUUGCGUAAUGCAAUGCAAAAAUUUGGAGCUACAGAUGUACAUCGAAUUCUUUUAAAGCAAUAUUCGAUAAAUGUCAUCUUUCAUUGUUAUUAACUCACUGCCUCUUCAUGAUUCGUCACAGAAAGCUUUUUGUAAACAUUUUUGUGUAUUUUUAUCCAGCAUGCGUUUUGAAUUAUCUUAGCGUUUUUCAAUAAAAAAUAUUGCAUGAUUUUAACUUAGAAUCGCAUGCCUAUGCAAUGUUGUGUGAGAGCUAUAUUUAUCGACAUAGAACCGAAAAUAUAUAGAAACGGCAUUUCAAAACGAUUUUGUUUAAAAAAAUGGGAAGUGAAAAAUAAUUAAGGAAUUAUUACCGAGGCUUGGGGCUACCUAAUUAUGUUAAAAUUAAUUUGAUUAACUUAAAAUGUGUUCACAUAUUUGAGUCGACUAUUAUCAAAGCCGGCAAUCUGACUUUUGGAUAAUUAUUGGUAAAUCAGAAAAACGAAUUAUUGACUUUGUAUUCCAUUGGCAGUCACAAAACUCUUCGGAACGACAUCUUAGAUAAAUAACAGGUUAACUAUUAACCUUUAUUUAAUGCAGGUUUUGAACCGUAUUCUUUGAAGGAGACGAUUAUAUUCAAAUCAAUCUGUAUUGACAUAUCAAUAACAUUUUUUUUUCCAAAUGCACAGAUUGCCACCUUUGAUAAUAGACGACUCAUUUUAAAGACCUGAGAAUGAACAACCCGAAUCAAAGGUAAUCUGUUAUUGACUAUGCAAAAAUCUAUAAGUAUUAAUUGUAAAUUUGCAAUAAGAAUUUUUUUUGAUGAGACAUCCGACAAAUUCUUUUAUUAUAUGGUAUAUAUACCAGUCACACACACAUACACGCGAAGGAAUAAAACUAAGAAAAAUUAGUUUCGGUGUGCUUAGUGCGAGCUUUUUCAAAUUUGUAUGGAGUUGGAACAGCUUCCCUUCGUUUGCCGCUAGGGGCGCUGUUCCAACUCCAUACAAAAUUGAGUUAACUUUUACGCGAUCGAGAACGUUAAAAAACUCGCACUAAGCAUGCGUGCACCAUAAUAGAAUUAUUAGAGGUGUAACCGAUCUUUUUGAAUAUUUGUCGAAAGUUUGAUUAAAUCAGAAAACGCUUGGCCCUCGUACUCAAGCUAAAAGGGCUAUAGAAAUCACGCGAUAUCGAUUAUCAAAUGUAUCGAUAUAUAGGUUCUCUUAAAUUAGUGUGAGAGGCAGCGACUUCGCUGUGCUGUGCCGGGAUUGCUGACUUCCAUUACCACUCGCUAUCUUCAUUGACUUUUGUUAAGCCUUUGAGCGCGAAACGUCGAUAGACCAAUUCUCUAUUAAUGUGUAUAAAGUACGUAGCGUCGGAAUACCGACUAUUGCGCAGUUUGAUUAUAGUUAUUAGGUAUCGACCUGUACGGACGUGUCUUAGCGACAUUAACGUUUUUAAUAAGUUAAUAUUAAUAUUUAUAAACGACCAUUUAAAAAUUAUUUUGCUGGGAAUUUAGUUUUUAUGUUACUGAUGGUAGGACCUCUUGUGAGUCCGCACGGGUAGGUACCACCACCCUGCCAAUUUCUGUCGUGAAACAGUAAUGCGUUUCGGUUUGAAGGGUGGGGUAGCCGUUGUAACUAUACUGAGACCUUAGAACUUAUAUCUCAAGGUGGGUGGCGGCAUUUACGUAGUAGAUUUCUGUGGGCCCCAGUAACCACUUAACACCAGGUGGGCUGUAAGCUCGUUCACCCAUCUAAACAAUAAAAAAUAUAUAUUAGGUACCUUUUUCCAUACAAUGUCCUUUAGAAAUUUAUGGAAAAUACGUGAAAUUAAGCUGAGCAUUAAAAGGUUUAUUAAUGCACGACUAAACGCUAAUGUUACGACAGCUGGUCGCAACUAUUUGUCGGCAUCGGACCGCGAGGAGGAGGGGACCGGUAUGAGGAGGGCGA